AUGGUUCUUCCAAGACGCGAUAUCGAAUUUCGUGCCUGCGACGGCACGAUCCUGCGAGGUUGGCAUUAUCCGACAGAGAGGGAAAGCCCCUGUAUCAUAAUGUCGCAUGGGCUGGCAGGGAUCCGGCAUUUUCUACUCCCGUCUUUCGCAGACCGCUUUCACCAUGCCGGCUUCGCUGUCUUGCUAUACGACAACCGGAACUGGGGAGACAGCGAGGGUGAGCCCCGGCAGGAGUCGAAUCCGGCCCUACAGCAGACCGACUACUAUGAUGCUUUCAACUUCGCCGUCACGCUGCCUAGAGUCAAUGCGGAAAAGAUCGCGUAUUGGGGCACCAGCUUCUCCGGUGGCAACGUUAUCUACGCGGCUGCCGUGGACAAACGGAUCAAGGCUGCAGUUGUUCAGUGCCCCGCAGUCUCUGGAGAGACACGCUCACGAGCCUUCAAGGACAGGAUUCCCGCAUUAUUCGCUGACCGGGCACGAAUUGCUGCAGGUGAGCCCCGCGGACGAGUGCCUUGCAUCGCACCAGACCGAGAGAUUGCGAAGAGUGGUUCUGCACCGGUUCUGUUCCCAGAUUUCCACGCAUACGACUCGUUCCGCGGCAUCCACGAAUGUGGCGGGUCCUGGGAGAACUGGGUGACGGAGCAAACUCAGCUCCACAUGCUCGAAUUUGAAGCCCAAGCUAUGAUCCACCGCAUUACUCCGACUCCUCUGUUGAUGGUCGUUCCAGGAAACGACCUGACGGUGCGAACCUCGUCACAACUAGCUGCAUUUGGAAAGGCAGGAGAGCCCAAGGAGUUGUUGUAUUUGGAUAAGGCCGGCCACUUUGAUGUCUACCGAGGCGAGUACUUUGAGCGCAAUAUUACCGCGCAGAUUGCAUUCCUUAAGACUCAUCUGGCGUAG